AUGCUGGAAGAUGACAACGAUCCAAACUUUGUUGAUACAGUUGCUAGUUCUUAUUUUAGUCAGACACCAACUGAUAUACAUGCUGUUGAACAAAUAUUGUACGCAAUCCCCGUCGAUCCUGCUAAAGUGGAAACAAUUCUUUUUAAAUUUAAAGGCGCGAGCUCCAGCUUUGGUGCUAAUAAGGUGACUAUUGAAAUCAAUAAAAUGAUUGAUUGUCUCAGGCGAGGCGACAUGGAAGGUUGUAAGGCUGGACUCCCGAUUCUAAAACAAGAAUUUGAUACUCUGAAGAAUAAACUGGGAGCAUAUUUGAAGUUGUUGCGACAAGACAAGCCUAGCUCGUCAUCAACUGGCGCCAACUAUUGA